ACAAGAGUACUAACUACUCCCAAUUAUAAAAACAACAGCAGCUGCCACAUAUUUUAGGCAGAGCUGCAAGGAUAAAAAACACCCUAUCCUAUGUUCCAACCCAGAAACUGCAUUUUCUCAUCCCCAUAACAGAAAAAUGUCUCUACAGAAUCAGAAUCUGCAAACUAAUGACAUGGCCUUGGUUCUAUCUAGUGAUGCAAAACCUAGACUCAAAUGGACUCCAGAACUUCACCUGCGCUUCGUCGAUGCCGUCAAUCAGCUUGGAGGUGCUGAUAAGGCUACACCAAAAUCAUUGAUGAGGGUGAUGGGCAUUCAUGGAUUGACACUGUACCAUCUUAAGAGCCACUUGCAGAAAUACAGGCUGGGAAAAAGUCAACAAUCACAACAUUAUAAUGAGAGUAAGCCAGAAGAGGAAAGAGAGAAUCAGAGGAGUCACUUUACUGCAGAAGUUUGCGAGGAAACUCAGAAUCAGACCAAUGAGAGCUUGCAGAUAGCCCAGGCUCUGCAUAUGCAAAUGGAGGUGCAGAGGAAACUAUACGAACAACUUGAGGUGCAAAGACAUCUGCAAUUGCGAAUUGAAGCUCAAGGAAAGUAUCUACAAUCAGUUCUGAAGAAAGCACAGGAAACACUUGCUGAGUAUAAUACUUCUGCUGCUGGAGUUGAACUUGCCAAGGCAGAACUUUCUCAACUGGUAUCAAUGGUUGACAUUGGCUGUCCAACUUCUUCCUUAUCUGCAUUGACAGAAAUUGAAGGCCCGAUCUUAAAAGCCACAGAGAAUAAGCAAUUGACAAGUAAUGGAUGUUCAAUGGAAAGUUCUCUUACAUCAUCUGAGAGCUCAGGGAGAAAGGAACAGACUCAACCAAUGCAUGAAAUUGACGAAAAGGGCAAGUGUAAUAGAAACAACAUCGUCCUCUCAUUGAUGGAAAUGCAGCCAGGACAAAACAGUAGAUCAAACAAUCAAGCCAGUGAAAAAAAAAGAACUGGAAGCAACACUUCUGUUGAAAAACCACUCCCGAAAAGAUUUCAACCCCAAAGAAGUGAUGAGCAAACAGGAAAGUUUGGAUUCCUGGAAACCCUUGAUUUGAAUAGAUAAUAUCUGAAUACACUUCAAUUGCCUUGGAGUAUAGCAAUCUAAUGGGUAUAUUCAGUGACUGUAAUUAUUUGCAGAUCAGUAAAAGUAACAUAUUCUAUGAGCAGUUGGUUUAGUACUGUAGUUAGUAUGUUUAUAAACAAAGCCAUGUAAAUUGAUCUUUUGUGAGCAACCUAAAAGAACUUGUGAAAGUAUAUCCAUAUACAUUUCCUGUUAUA